AGAAGAAGAAGAAGAAGAUGAUGAAAAAAUGGCGAGGGGAGCUCAGCAGCCUAUAGAGGAGAGUGAUUCUUUAUAUUCACACCAUGAUCAGGGUGAAGAACUGAAAGACAUCAAAAUUGAGAUUAAAGAGGAAGAAGAAGAGACGUUGGUGAAUGCAGAUCAGCAGUUUAUGGAGAAGGGGGAGAGGAUUAAACAUGAACAAGAGAAAUAUUCUCUCUAUAUCAACACAAGCGGAGAUUAUGUCCAGAACUCCUCGGAUUUUAAUGCCGAAGAAACUGGAAUCACACAACACUUUCCAGGAGAAGAUCCUGUUCCUCAGAAUAUACAUCACAGACCUUCCCAUUUACGGCUGUCAAUGGAUCCCUCUCAUCCUGAGGAAUCAUUUGAUCCAUCAUAUGCUAUGACUUCCAAUAUCCAUCCAAUAUCUCACAGUGUCAAUCGAUCAAUAGAUCCAUCUACUCCUAAGGAAUCUUCUUCGAACCACGAAGGAGCUCACACAGGAGAGUCUUCAUGGUCAUGUUCCGUGUGUAAUAAAUCGUUCACCAAAAAGAGAAACCUCCUUGCGCACCAGAGAAUUCACACCGGUGAGGGUCUUUUCCAAUGUUCAGAGUGCGGGAAAAGUUUUGUCCGGAAAGAAAAACUUGUCAUACACCAGAGAAUUCACACCGGCGAGCGUCCCUUUUUAUGUUCGGAGUGUGGAAAAGGUUUUGCCGAAAAGAGAACGCUUCAAAGACACCAGAGAUCUCACACGGGGGAGCGUCCCUAUCCAUGUGGGGAGUGCGGAAAACGUUUCAUUCAGAAAGAAGACCUUCUCAAACACCACAGAAUUCACACUGGUGAGCGACCCUAUACGUGUUCCGAGUGCGGGAAAUGUUUCACUGAAAAAAGAACGCUGGUCAUACAUCAGAGAAUCCACACGGGGGAGCGGCCCUAUGCGUGUUUAGCGUGCGGGAGGUGUUUCUCUGAGAGAAGAAUACUUCUUAUACAUCAGCGAAGCCACACGGGUGAGCGUCCCUUUCCAUGUUUGGAGUGCGGGAAAUGUUUCAAUGAAAAAAGAAAUCUUAUUAUGCAUCAGAAAAUUCACACAGGUGAGCGUCCUUUUUCAUGUUCCGAGUGCGGGAAAUCUUUCACCGAGAAAAGAUCACUUCUUAAACACCAGAAAAGUCAUACUUGCGGGUGUCCUUCAUAUCCACAAUGUGGGGAAGGUUUCAUACAAACAGGAGAUCUUCAACAUCAGGGAAGUCACUCAUGCGAGCGCCCCUUUUUAUGUCCUGAGUGCGGGAAAAGUUUCAUUCAUAAAGAAAACCUCCUUAAACACCAACGAAUUCACUCAACCGAUCGUCCUUACUCAUGCUCAGAAUGCGGGAAAGGUUUCGUUCAAAAAGGAAACCUUCUCUCACACCAGAGAAUUCACACAGGCGAGCGUCCUUUCUCCUGUUUGGUGUGCGGGAAAUCUUUCAGUCAUAAAGUAAGCCUUCUUCGACACCAAAGAAUCCACACAGGCGAGCGCCCAUAUCCAUGUUCGGAGUGCGGGAAAUCUUUCACCGACAAAGGAAACCUUCUUAAACAUCAGAGAAUUCACACGGGGGAGCGUCCUUACGCAUGUUCAGAGUGCGGGAAAGGUUUCAUUUACAGGAAAAAACUCAUAAGGCACCAGAAAAUUCACACGCGCUAACACCCUUUUCUUAUGUUCAGCGUGCGGGAAACCUUUCAAUGAGGAAGAAAGUCUUGUCAGAUGACAGAAAAUACACAUUAAAAAGGGUUCUUUUCCAUGUUUAGCAUUUCCUCAAGACUGAUGUCUAAAUUUUCUGAUGUCUAAAUUUUCAAAUUCCCGAUUUCCCAAAUUUCCGAAUUCCCAAAUUUCUGAAUUUUACUGAAAAAUGCAAAAAAAAGAAACACAUUUUUCGUCAGUUCACAUGUCUAGUAGGCACCAGCCUAUGGGCCCCACAUCAAUAAUCAAAAUAAUAUUGAUUUGAUCUUGGAAGAAAACGACAAUGAAGCUUUCUUAAAUUGCUUCCAAAAGAUUAAUCAACUCAAAGAAACAACCACUUUACAAUAAAGCCUCUCUAGAGAAAAUACUGUAUGUAGCCAAUAAAAACGUAAAGUCCAUAAACCAUAGAAACCAAGUUCACAUUACAGUUUGGAAUUUAUAAUAAAUUCAUCUUCUUUCAGCUGUCAGUUUGUAAAAAAAAAUUGUCACCACCUCUAUAUGUGCAAUGUACAGUAGUGAUGGUCAUCUCCAUCUAGCGCCCAACGUGGACACUACUUAGAUCAACGUUAUACAACUAGAGCUCAAGAAACCUCCAGACCCAUUUGGGGUGGCCGGGAAGGAGUUGAGACCACAGUACUUAUAUGCUCAAAAUAUAGUGCUUAUCUUUAAUUCGUUAAUGUAGUUAUGUUUCCCUCACUAUGGGAUGUUAAUCCAUGACGUCGUUGCGCGACGUACAAUGUUCAUAUUGUACUUGUACACCUGUCAAACUCAAUAAAAAUGAUUGAAGAAAAAAAAAAGAAACCUCCAGAAACCUGUGAGGACCCAAGUUUUCGACUGCCGAGGGGC